UUUCGAUCAACCACUACUAGUACACCCACUACUACUAAGACCAUAUUUCUCUCACUUACACCUACAAACAAGGACUGUUUCUGACUUCUCUCAAUUUUAGAUCAAGCUAAAAUGUGAAAUCACCAGGUAACUAAAACUAAAUGAUGAAUCGCUAAAUAAAAUGACUGCCCAGUGCUGUUUUCAACUAAAUGUGAGUAUAGUUAAAGCGAUUGUGCCUGAUCUAAAUCUGUUUCUGUUUCAAUAUCAAAUCAUUUGGGAAAAUAUGCUGGAUCAUCUUAAUCUCUCUGUGAUCGCGGGACUUUUUGCGAUCGCAGGUGCGGGUAUGCGUCCAGUCUUUGGAGCAGAAAUAGGAGGAAUUUCUCGGCAAUUGAAGGAUUCCAAGGCGCAGAACUCGGCGGUCAUGGAAGAGGUUCUAACAGUACCAGAAUCCGAAAAGCCGUCUCAAGAACUGGCACAACCGAAGUUGGGCGAGCAAUUGGUGGACCAGGGAGAUGAGCAGAGGGGCGGGCGCGGUUCCUCUCAAAAAAAUUGUUUGAUGGAACCAGAUGCGUUGGAUUGUUGUUCGCAUCAGCACGAUAAACCAGAAGGAGUAAACCUGAAGUUCUUACAGGUCGAACAGGAAAUAAUGUCGAUAGAAGAGCAGGAGUCUUCGACAGCAGACUCCUCUGCUACGUCGACUUCCACGAUAAUCUUGAUGGGGAUGGCGGGCGACCCAAUUCUUGUUACGAAAGUAUCAUUGAAUACCACGCUAGUGGCAGAUUUGCAGGCGGAGUGGGCGAAACAGAACCCCGAAAAGAGUGACGUGUCUACUUUGGUUGUGAUUUCUUCUGACGAAGAGGCGAUCACUGCGCCGGUGAAGAGAGUCCGCGAACUAUUUUCCGCGCAGAAACUGGAAGAGGCGCUCGCUCACAAUCACGAACUCGUGCUGCACGCUGCUCUACAGCUGCACUCUAUGCGCGAGCUGAGGCUUUUUUAUCGUCGAGAGUUUCUGUUUUCGGAGUGUGCUCGUAAGUUUCUCACAGUUGCGAAUGAUGGUUUCCGCGACCAUCGGAAACCCCUGGGUCGAGUGUACCACCAGAAGCUAAGACUGGAGCACAUCUAUCGAGGCAGAGCCAUGGACCCGAUGGCAGUGUUAGCAUGGAACGCUCAAAACGAGGCACUAGAGGCCGCACGACAGGCGCUUCUGCGGUGGCACUCGGAGAGGAAGGAGUUCGAGACCCGUUUUCAUCUUUAUGACUUCGCCAUAGCCGACGACGAAUCUCCGAUGACACUGGAGACUUUGCUCGAACUCCGUGGCGCAAUGAAACGACUUGAAUCGAAGUCGUGCUUGGAUUGCGCAGCACUGUUACAGGUACUGAACGACGCAGUGCAAGAGGGUCAAAAAAUCGUUUCUAGCAAAGACGUGAAACGGAAAUUGAAGGCAUCGCAACCUUGA